AUGAUAGAAAUGAAACGGUCUGAAGCAAUAAAGGUUUUUCUAGGAAGCAAUAUGGUGGCUUUAGGUGCGGGUACACCGUACUUGUAUUCAUUUUAUGCUCCACAGUUACUGGCAAGAUGCAAUAUACCCAUUUCAAAGAGUAGCAACGUUGCAUUCUCACUGAAUAUUGGCAUGUCCUGUUUGGGCUUAUUAGCAGGCGUCAUCACUGAUACAAGUCCGCAGCUAUCUUGUUGUGUGGGUUCUAUAUCUACUUUCACUGCGUAUUCCCUUCUUUCUCUUUGUUACUACAAACGUAUGUCAAGUGUAUUUUUGAUAUCUGUUGCUUUAACGCUUGUUGGUUUUGGCUCUGUAUGUGGCUUUUAUUCAGCAGUUAAAGUCUGUACGACAAACUUUCCUGAAAAUAGAGGUACUGUAAGUGCAUUCCCGGUAGCCUUAUUUGCAUUAGCUGGUUUGUUAUAUUCUAGUAUAUGUGAGAAAAUAUUUGGUGAUAAUAUAUCGCAAGUGUUCGUAUUUCUCCUUUUUACCUGCUCUUCCAUGAUUGCAGUAGGAACGUUCACUUUAAAGAUCUUUUGGCAAACAAAUGGCAAACUGACUGCGAAUGAUCCAGAGGAUCAAAAUAGCGAUUCGUUGACCUUAGUCAAUACGGGAGUAGAAAGAUACUACAAUCGGAUUCCAAAUAACAACGUUGAAAUUAAUGUUGACGAUGAUAGCUCUACGCUCAAUACACCCAUGAAGUAUAAUUUAGCAUCACUGGGCAGUCGUAGUCACUCAAGGGGCAAUAGUGAAACAAUGUCAACAAAAGGAUUCUCAUCCCCAAGAAAGAUAAUGUCUAGCGCCACUGCCAAUCCAAGUAUAAUUCCAGCGGUAGCAAACUCUUUAACAAAUAACAAUUAUUUAUCUACACCUGCUGAGAAUGCGGAGGGGUAUUAUUUACUGGAUAAAAAUCUUGAUGAUAAAGAUUCUGUGAACAAAGGACAUUUUUUGAGCUCACAGAAUGGGCAAAAUAUCAAUGACUACAAUCUCUCUGAUAAAAAUGACGUUUUCAAUGAGGAAAGGACUAUUAACAGAAGGGAGAAAAUAACUAGGAUUCUCAGCAUUUUGAAACAACCAAAAUUCAUUUCAUAUUAUAUUAUAAUUGCAACCUUACAAGGGAUUGGUCAGAUGUAUAUAUAUUCCGUUGGUUUUUUUGUUCAAAUUCAGGUGAAAUCUCCUCCAACUGACCAACUCCAUAUUAACGGAAAAGGUUUACAAGCCUUACAAGUGUCAAUAAUCUCCAUAUCGUCUUUCCUUGGAAGGUUAUCAUCUGGGCCAAUGUCAGAUCUUUUAGUAAGAAAAUUUCGUUCACAAAGACUAUGGAACAUAGUCGCCUCUGCUUCUCUAACAAUGUAUGCAUGUACAAAAAUGCUACAAGUAUAUUCAGUGCCUGAAACAGACGGCAGCAAGCUACAUAUGAUGGCUAAUGUUAACAACUUAUCUUUUUGCUCAGUUAUUUUUGGAUACGCCUUUGGCGUAAUGUUUGGGACAUUUCCAUCAAUUAUUGCAGAUUCAUUCGGAACAGAGGAGUACAGCACGAUAUGGAGUUUGUGCACAACCGGUGGUUUAUUCACCGUAAAAUUCUUCACUUCCGUCUUGGCUUCCGAUAUUGGGAGCCACUUAAAUGAGGGUGAAAAUAUAUGUACGGCCGGUGUUCUGUGCUACUCACGUACUUUCCAUACCAUCUUUUUAUUUGCGAUACUCAUACUUCUUGCAACGUUACUAUUGAUAUCAGGGAAGUAUAUGAAGAAAGAUAAGAGGAUUGAAAACUUUGAUGUCCAAAGUCGUGAUGCUGAAUUGGCCACUAUGACAGAUGGAAUAUUCGUUUGA